AUGGCCUUGAGUAAAGAAGAAUGGUACAAAUUAUUUCGCUCUGUGGAUAUUACCGAUCAAAAAGCAAAACAAUUUGCCGAUAUUUUUGUGAAAAAUGCAAUGACCAAAAGUCUAAUAAAUGAGUUGACCCAUGAGGGGUUGAAAUCGGUCAGUAUUAGUUUACUCGCUGAUCGAUUAGAGAUAUUAAAGCUUCAGAAACGAGAUGAAUUUAUACCCAAAUCCAAUUUUCAAGCCAUUGGCGAUGCACCGCAUAUGGCUACUUCAAUGAGUAAAAGACAUAGCGAUUCAUCUAGUACCUCAGCAAACGAUUCAUUUUCGCCAGAGCAAAAAAUAGAAACAGCAAUGGUUAUAUCAAAAAGCUCGAUCAAAUCAUCGCUAUCGUCAUCAUCAAUGUCUGAAAGUGAAAAGCCAAUCGUCGGUUACCAUUCAACUGUUCUUAUGAAACCCAAUUCAGAAGAACGGAAAGACGCAAUAAAAAAAACAUGUGAAACAAGCAGGAAAAUGAAAUCUAAAAUUAGUCAUUUUAUUCACAAAUAUCUACUAAAAGUUCUUCAAAAGAUUAUGUCGUCUGGAAACGUUUCACUGGAUGGCGCAGUGAAUCUCAUUCAAGGCGAAUUACAAAAUCAAGUUGCCGCUGGUUCAAUAAUAGAAUUAUAUUCUGUCAUGCGAUAUGUUCGAUAUCAUUCUGAUCUGAAAGAAUUGAUGAAAUUCGAUGACUUCAUCCAAAUAGUUGAACUUUUUAAACAAAAAAGAGAAGAAUAUAAAAUAUGGAAAAUUACACCCGAUUCGUGA